UGUUUGAUUUUUGUCUAUGGAAGUUUUUUGAAGUCGGAAAAAUGGCUGCUGCUAAUAUUGCUCGAAGUAUUUUCAGCGGAUUAUUACGAAAAUCCGCCAAAUACAAUACCUCUGUGGUAUGCCGACUAUCUACAGUUGCAGUACAACAAAAAUUUGCCGCUGUGAAAAGUGGUAUUAAAUUCAUCGACAACCACCACCUUCAAAAUGGGGUACAAUGUCAGCGCAUGCAACAGUACUCAGCAGGGGCGCCUAAGCCCUCGCCGCAGGAAAUAAAGGAUCGAGUGAUAAAAGUGUGCAAGGCUUACGACAAACUGAGUAUGUGUCAGUUGACGGUAGACUCACAUUUCAUGACUGACUUGGGUCUCGACUCGUUGGACCAUGUUGAAGUGAUCAUGGCAAUGGAAGAUGAAUUUGGUUUUGAAAUUCCUGAUGCAGAUGCAGAGAGGCUGGUUAGACCAAGAGAUAUUAUCCAAUAUGUAGCAGACAAACAAGAUAUUUAUGAAUAAAUGCGCAAUAGAGCUAAUUAGUCUCUAUUUUGUUAGACUAACUGCAAUUCCUAUGCUUAUUCACAAUCAUGAAUAAAUUUCAAGUGCAUUUUUUAAAUGUUUGCAGUUAGUCUAAAAUCUUGUGAGAAUACAAAUCGGCUUAGGAUCUAGUUCAGAUUGUAUUGUUACAUUCAAUUAAGAAUUAACAAUUAAAGUAACUUAUGACUGCAAGCUCCAUCGGCAGAUGUGUAAAGUGUAAAUCCUGUUUUUAUUGAUUAUACGCGCCUGUUAGAAUAGUCAAUUUGUUUUUCAUUUGGCUGAUGCACCAAAAUAAAUAAUUAAUGGUUA